CAAUGACAGCUGACCAUGGCGCUUGUAUAUCUUAUUCCAGACAGAGCUGAGAAUCGCCGAUCCCGGCUACGGCGGCAACCCUUUGCAUGUCCGGGAUCCGGCAUUUGAUACCGGAGGUUACGGGCCUGUGCACGCCGGCUACCCCUCUGAAAUCGCCCCGAUUAGAGUCAUUCGAGAGUCACUAGACUGUCCUGUCCCAGAGAUAUUCAAGAAUUCGUCGACAUCACUCGGCCAUGUCAAGGCGAGCAAGGUAGAGGAAACACCAAUUACCAACAUCAUGCUCUCGCCACUGCUCAUCAUCCUCUCCAUUGUCGCCUUCGUCGUCCACACGCUUCGGCAUGCUCUAAGCUCGCCACUCAACAAGAUUCCAGGCCCGUGGUACGCCAAGUUCACCUCGCUGGUCCUGAAGUGGAACGAGUUCAGGGCCAACAGAACCCAAUACAUUCAUGACUUGCACCUGAAUUAUGGGCCUUCUGUCCGCAUCGCCCCACGCGAGGUUGCCUUCGCCUCAGCCGCAGCCGUUAAGGAGAUCUAUUGCUCUGGCGGCAGUGGUUACGAUAAAACCGAGUUUUAUGACAUGUUUAGGGUAUACGGGAGGCGGACCAUGUUUACUACCUUAAACAAGGACGACCACGCAAAAAGGAAGCGCAUCAUUGCGGACCGUUACGCCAACACCAACAUUGUCCGGUCGCCGUCCCUCGACGGCAUUGCUGAGGGGGCAUCCAACUUUGUCAAAAGAUGCUUUCAAUCCAUAGGCGGAAGUCUUGAUCUUUAUGUACGUCUUCACUCUUAUGCGUUUGACUGCGUCACCCAUCAUCUAUUCCAUCCUCAUGGCGCCGACUCGCUGCUGAGCAGCAAGGACGAGGAGAUCAUGCGCGAAGUGACGUUUGACGAUAGCUUACAGAACCGGCUCUUCCAACACUACUGGCCCACCGCACACAAGAUCUUAGGCAGGAUUUUGUACAUGUUCGCAAAGCCACGUGAAACACCGUUGGCAGACAAGUUCGUCUUGGACACAUGUGCCCAGACCGACACUACGCCCUUCACGCUCCUCAACCGCCUUCAGAACCCCAGUUAUAAUCUCGAUCAUACUGACGUCGCCGCUGAAUGCCUCGACCACAUGGCUGCUGGCAUUGACACAACCGGUGACGCUCUUUGCUUCCUGAUGUGGGAGCUCUCCCAACCAUCGUCACUCCACUACCAAAGGAAACUCCAGGAAGAGCUCCUCGCGAACCCAGGAGCCAGUUUCGACAAGCUGCCCUACCUCGAUGCAGUAGUCAUGGAAGGCUUGCGGUGUUUCCCAGCCAUUCCCAUGUCUCUCCCGCGCUACGUUCCUUGCGGGGGCCGCACCGUCGACGUUUUCUUCUUGCCCGCAGGGACCAUCGUGAGCUGCCAGGCGUAUUCGGUGCAUCGAAUCGACCGGAGCGUGUUCCCGAAUCCGGACGCCUUCAAUCCGGACCGGUGGCUGGAAGAGAAGGGUGAUCCCGAGAGGAAAAGGCUGUUCUUUGCCUUUGCCAACGGGGGCAGGGGAUGCGUUGGGAAACACCUGGCUCUCGCCGAGAUGAAGAUGCUGCUCCAGGCUGUGUACUCCCGGUUUACCACCCUCCCCGAUGCUGCCAUGGCGCCCGAGGAACUGGGAAUGUCGGACCAGCUGAUCUCGUCGCGCCCGGCAGGGCAAAGGUGCUUGCUGCAAUUCAUUCCCCUGGACGCGGUCACCGGCGAGUAGGUUGAGCCGACAAAUCCCAGCCAUUCAUCCGACGCCAGCAAACAGACAGGCGCGCCGCGAAGGACCCUGCCUGGUGUAACCAGGCCACGCCUGGGGACGGAAACCGGCAAACGUGGCACGCCCGAACAAACCCAUCCCACCAUAUCCGUGAUACAGAGGCUCAAGCAUAUGAGUGCUGUUGGUUGUAUCCGUAGGGCGAAAAGGACGAAUCACACAGGAUACCUACCACUUUGGUUUUGGAAACAGCCAAACCUGGUUCAAACUACCUGUCGUGUACAGAUAUGGGGAUAUCAGCCGGGCGUUGGGAUGUAUGGUCAGGGGUGGGCAAGAGUGGGUGGCACAUCGCGCAAGGUCUGGGCCACGAGCCGUAAAAGCUUUGCUGAAACAGAUAUUGUG